CGACGCCCCCGGCUGCUCGGCGCCCGCGAGUCCCGCCCGGCGCGGUUCCCGGCACCUUCGCGCCGCCGCGCGCGGGCUCCGAACAGGAAGUGGACGGGGUGGCGCGGCCGCCGCGCGGGACGGUGGCUCGGGUGGGACAGUCGCCAGGGAUGGCGGAGCGGGAGGAUGGAGCGGGUGUCCGGGCUGCUCUCCUGGACGCUGAGCCGAGUCCUGCGGCUCUCGGGCCUCUCUGAGCGGAGCGCGGCCCGGCAGCCCCGGACCAUGGAAGAAAAAGCGCUCGAGGUUUACGAUUUGAUCCGUACUAUCCGAGACCCAGAGAAGCCUAAUACUUUAGAAGAACUGGAAGUGGUGACGGAAAGCUGCGUGGAGGUUCAGGAGCUCAGCGAAGAAGAUUAUCUGGUUAUUAUAAGGUUCACUCCAACAGUACCUCAUUGCUCUUUGGCGACUCUUAUUGGACUGUGCUUAAGAGUAAAACUUCAGCGUUGUUUACCAUUUAAACAUAAGUUGGAAAUCUACAUUUCCGAAGGCACCCACUCCACAGAGGAAGACAUCAACAAGCAGAUAAAUGACAAAGAACGAGUGGCAGCUGCAAUGGAGAACCCGAACUUAAGGGAAAUCGUGGAACAGUGUGUCCUCGAGCCCGACUAAGGAAUAUUUUAGGAGCCACAGAACUGCUGUUUGUAAAAUGUAAAAGACUCGUGUUUAAUACCUAGGUGGUUUGUACCUCAAAGCAUUUUUUUUAGAUUAUUUCCAAACAAGAAUUAAUUCAAAGUAUUACCUACUUUGUUUCAUGUAUAACAUUCUCAGGAUUUGUAACACUUAAAAAUGAUCAGAGAAAAAAAUAUUUUGUAGUUACUAUGUGUAAGAUGAGUUGCUAUUUUUCUGAUACUACUUUUCAUGUUAACUAUUUACCAUACCCAGUUGUAUUCAAUUUAAAUCAUUGCUCUUUAAAAUAAAGCAGAGUUGAUUC